AACAAAACAGCGCCCGGCUCAUGCCGAAAAAGCCGGUCCAUCCCACUUGACUUCCGCGGUGCUUGCACCUUAUCCAGCGAUGGUACCCGAGCAGCGCCCCACAAGCCAGCACGAGACCGCAGGCAUCCCGAUCAUGCCGCAGCCGUCGACAGACGUGCAAAACUCUCCGCUCACGAGCUCUUACCACAGCCUCCAGCAGUCGCCCCCGCCUCAGACACGAAGUCGCUGUUCCGCCUUCUUCCGCUACAAUGUGGUGCAGCGCACGCUCUCCGCUGCGGUGCUAGCGCCCGCUGUGACGGUGUUUCUAUGGCUAUCGCCAGCCAUUGCCACGUCCACCGUCUGCAGCUUCAUGACCAGCACUUGCUCGUACGAAUACGCGUGUCUGGCGAACCGUAUUCGUCUACGACUAUUGACGAGAUUCGAAGCGCUAGAGAGCUCUCUUGGCAGCGCCACUAGGCCAGGAGCGGGGAAUAGCGAUUUAUCUCACCCAGACACUCGCAGUGACAGUGAGAGCAGCAGCAGCAGCUUCGCCUUCGACGUGACAGCCAGUCGGACGUUUGUGUUUGACAGUCCAGCAAACACCCAAUUGCACCAAAGACUAUCGACUGACGGGCGCUUGACGACGACUCGGGCUUUCCAGGAAGAACAGGAGGCCCGGGAGAUGGCACAAGUGAAUAGUGAACUGAAGGAACAGGCUCCCAGAUUACGACGCUGCGCAGUCACUGAUGUUGCCAAGUACUUGUUCGGAGGGAAGGAGUGGCUUGCAGCGCUGUGUAUUUCGGCGUUAAUGUGCACGAUCUCCUCAUGUAUUUUCUUGCUGGCCAUACAAGACAUCCCGGUGCUCGUAACAACGGAAUUUUACGCGUCUCGAUGGUUUUAUACAGUCGCAACGGGUUUUGUAGCUGCCAUGUGUGCGUGUCUGUCGCCCGACUGGCAAUACGCAGUGGUAAUUUUCCUACAGAACGCGAUCUUUACGACUCUAACGCUGCAUUCAACGGCGUGUCCGAUGAAUGAGCUUUCGUGUAAUAUGGCGAUUAAACCAGCGCAGAUUUUACUGACAGGAAUGAUUGUCUUCCUGACAUUCCGGUUCGCCACAUCUCGUAGCAAUGCGGAAGCUUUUCUGACCUUCACAUUGGACGCAGUGGGUCUAAUUUACAUCAUUGGCACGCUGUCUGUACUUGUGGCAUUUGUGGAUGACGAGCGGCGAACACUUUACCGGAAGCUGCUCAUUGCGUUAUUAUACGUUGUUUGGGCGUCCGAUACGGGAGCGUAUAUUACCGGUAAAUUACUUGCAAUGGCAAAAUAUCCGUAUUAUAAUCCGCUUGCAGCGCAUUUGUCCAAGAACAAAGACUAUGAAGGAACACUGGGAGCAAUCGGGUUUGGCAUUGUGGCUAUGGUUGUAUCAUCCGAUAUAUUGGAUCUGCCAGGCUCCUUUGGGACGAAAGUUGUGUUUACUAUUGUCGCGGUGGUAAUUGGACGACUUGGAGACCUGUUUGAGAGCUUGUUGAAACGAGCAGCAGGAGUUAAAGACUCGGGGACGCUCAUUCCAGGCCAUGGUGGCGUGCUAGACCGUAUCGAUGCGCUCAUGUUCGCUACGUUGGUGUUCUCACGAUACUACGCCAUGGUGUAUUGAUUGAAUGGCGUUUCAAAGAUUAUCAAUUUUAUCGGAGGACGGCAGAACGGAAGAAUUUGAACAACUCCAGGCGGUACUUAUGGAGUUCCAAGCCGACGUGGCCUUCAAGUAAGGACAAUUAUUUCAAACCCUUAGAUAUGCGUAGUGUGCGUAAAUCGUUCCUCGUAUUGCAAUAUAGAUAUCAGCUCUCUCUCGUCUCCGCUUCUGUACUAGCAAAUUAAAG